AUGCCGGUCUCGUCGGGCGGCGCCUGCCGGCAAAAGUUGGUCAUGGCUGGCAUCACCGUCGCCGUGGCCGGCAGUCUGGGCUCCGGCUGGACUGACGCGGACGUGGCCCGCUGGAUGGCCUACAAUGGCGGGCGGUUUGCCGCGUCCGUCACUGGCGACGUGACACAUCUGCUCUGCACGCCGGAGGAGUACGCCAGGCCCAAGAAGAAGCAGGACCCGGCCCUGCGGGAGGCCCUACGGCGCGGCCCCAAAAAUGUGCACAUUGUGCUCAAGGACUGGCUCGAAGACUCGCUGCACAGGCGCAGUCGCCGUCGCGAGAAGGCCUACCUGCUGCGACACAUCCACCGCCCGUCCCAGCAGCACCACAAGGAGAUGCAGGAGCGUCAGGAGCGGCUGCGUGCAAAGGGCCGGCAGCUUGGCGAGACAUUUGUAGAUACAACUCUCUACCACAUCUAUCAGGACGCCACCGGCUUCUCCUACAAGGUAACCAUCCAGCGCGAUCACGAAAACUGCGGCAUCUUUGGCGAACGUUACGUCCUUCAUCUUUUCGAGUCGGAUGCCCGGCCACAUCUUUACUGGUUUGCCGCCCGCCACUACAAGAGCCGUACACACACGCAGCCACGAGACUACCGGCCCAGCGACACCUGCCGGUUAUUUGAGACUGAGUUUCGGCAUUUCUGCACCUUCUUUGCCAGGAAGACCGGCGUGUCCUGGGACGAGAGGAUGGUAGCAGAAGCCCCGACAAAGACGAUGAAGGAUACAAAUACGAAGGAGGCCGAUGUUCACGACCUGUCCGUCAUUCUCGACUUCGGACCAGAGACGUCCAGCUAUUUCCGAUACGUGAGGCCGGCCAGAGGCAUGCCCAUGGGCGUUAUUGACAAGGCGGAGAACAUGCCCCGUCCCAAUAUAGAGGAAAUCAAUCUGGACGGAGGGUACGAGCAGGGGCAGAGACAUGCAUAG